GUGAGAAAUUGCUAUAAUUAAAAGUUGGGCCGCACUAGAAUAGCUGGGGCCUAGGGCCAUAUAUAUUUCGUUAGAGCAAAACCAUAGAAUUGGCACGACACGGAUGAGGAUGAGGAUGAGGAUGAGGAUGAGGAUCACAUACAAGUGGACUGUGUUCUGCGGAUUGUGGAGCCAUAAAGAUGACAAAGUGAUGGUGUCCCUAUGUUAACGAACUGGGUAGAAGAAAGGAGAUACAUAGCUUUACUCUAGCUUGCUUUCGCUGUUUCCACUAAUCGUGAAUCAAUCUCCAACUCGUUGAAGAAAUGGCCGAGGCACUCGUCAACCUCCUUGUUGAACAAUUGGGUUCAGUUGUUUACCACCACACAAGUGAAUGGGUGACACUGGUCUUGAAUACCAAGAAGGACGUUGACAAGUUCAGAAGCACCCUCAAACUUAUCCAGAAUGUGCUUCACGAUGCUGAGAAGAAGCAAGUGGAGGAUUCCGCGGUGAGAGACCGGUUGGAUAAGCUCAAAGACGCGUCGUACAAGAUGGAUGACGUGCUGGACGCUUGGAACACUGAAAUUGGGAAACGAGAAGCUGAGAAACAAGAAACACAAGGUUCUGAUGCGGAGGUACGUUUCUCAUUUCGUUCCAAUUGCUUUUGUCUUGCCCGAUUGAAUGAGGUAACUCGUCGUUAUAAGAUUGGUAGAGCAAUAAAAGAUCUGAAUGCAGAGUUCACUAAGAUUGACGUUGACAAAAACCAGUUUAGCUUUCAAUCCACCAUGCAUGCUGCUGCAGUUAAUGUUGAACAACCUAAUCCACGAUCUUUUACUUCAUCUUUCGUUGAUAUAUCGACCACAUUUGGGCGACAAGUUCAAAAAGACAGGCUGGUGACUGAGUUGUUAAGGCCAAGGGAAGGGAGGCCCGGCCUUGCCAAGGGAUGGGAGGAUUGGGGAAAACAACUUUUGCCCAAUUAGUCUUUAACGAUGCACAAGUUCAAGCCCAUUUUGAUCUCAAAGCAUGGGUUUGUGUCUCAGACCCUUUUGAUGUCAUCAAGAUUGCAAAAGCAAUCUUUAGGCAACUCGGUGGUUCUCGAGUUACUUCAGACGAGUUGCAAACUAUAUUAGAUGAUAUUCAAAAUCUUGUCAAGAAAAAAGAGGAUGAAAAGGAAAAGAAGAUCCUUCUUGUCCUAGACGAUGUGUGGACCGAAGACGACAGAGAGUGGGAUAGUUUAAAAUUACAAGUAUUAAUGCAAAGUUGUGCUAAAGGCAGUAGAGUUUUGGUGACCACUCGAAAGCAGGAGGUUGCUCGAAUUAUGAAAGCAACCAGUGACAUGAUCAUUUUGGAGAAGCUGAGUCCGGAAGAUUCUUUGAAACUAUUCUAUAAUGUUGCAUUUUUUGAUAGGGAACAAGAUAAGUCCAACGAGGGGUUUGGCAAUAUUGCUGAGAAAAUUGUUAGAAAAUGUGACGGUUUGCCUCUCGUUCUGAAGACUUUAGGUAGUCUCCUAUUGUAUAAGCAAACAAUUGGAGAAUGGGAAGAAGUUCUCAACAGUGAGAUAUGGAAGGUAAAAGUGGUUCAAGAAGAAGUUUUUCGACCAUUAUUACUCAGUUAUUAUGAUCUGGCUCUAGAGAUUAAGAGUUGCCUUCUCUAUUGUGCUACUUAUCCCAAAGAUUUUGAGUUCAACAAAGAAAUUCUUAUUGAGCAGUGGAUGUCACAAGGCUAUUUGAAUGUUGGAGGAAACAAAGAAGAGGCAACACAAGGUAGAGAAGUUUUUACCAAGUUAGUAAUGCGAUGUUUCUUUCAAGAUUUCAUGCAAGAUGCACUUACCAAGGAAAUUAUAGGCUGCAAAAUGCAUGAUACUAUGCAUGAUUUUGUACAAUAUCUUACCCAGAAUGAGUGUCUUACUAUGGAGGCUACGGGUCCCCAUGGAACAGAGACAUCGAGUGCAAAUGACAGGGUUCGUCAUUUGACCUUAAUGUCAGCACCCGAGGGUCCAUUUCCAUCUUUUAUAUCAAACUUAGCGAAUAGCGAAAUUUUGCGUACCCUGGCAACUUUUGGUUCAAGAAUUACUGCCAUAGACUCGGAUUUGAUUUCACAGUUGAAAUGCCUGAGGACCUUGAAUUUGAGUCGCAACAAGAUCCGGCAGUUGCCAGAGGAGAUUGGUGAUUUGACACAUUUGAGAUAUCUUGAUUUGUCUGGUAAUGGAAUGACGAGAUUACCUGACGGCGUGUGUAACUUGUACAAUUUGCAAACUUUGAGGCUUGAUUACUGCCAUGUCCUUAGAGAGUUGCCGGACAAUAUGGGGAAGUUGAUUAACUUGAAGCACCUUCAUGUUGGUGAUUGUUAUUCGCUGGACUACUUACCAAAAGGGAUUAGGCGUAUAAGGAAUUUGCGAACACUAGACGGGGGCACUUCUGUUUAUUGUAGUGAAGAUGCCAAAGCAUUGACAUUCGAAGAUCUGAGAAUGAUGAAUCCGUAUUUCAUGGGUUGGGGAAAAUGCUGCAAGUGAGGCCGAGAAAGCAGAAUUGAAUCAAAAACUGCAUCUUUCUUAUUUAAAACUUUUUCUGGAUGAUGGCCGCGACAACGACGUAAAUGCUGGAGUAAUGAAUGCCUUGCGACCACAUGAAAAUUUGGACACUUUGAUAAUUUGGAAUUAUCAUGGUCUCACCUGGCCCAAUUGGAUGACGACGUCGUAUUUAACCAGAUUGACAGUCUUUCAUCUUUGUCUCAGCGACUCCUCUGUUUUGCCUCCUCUCGGGAAACUGCCGUCCCUUAAAGUAGUAAAGCUAAUGUCCAUGUAUGAUCUGAAAGAGAUCGGAGCUGAAUUUUUCGGAGUAGAAGAAGAAACAUCAUCAUCAUCCUUCCCAAGUUUGGAAACACUCUUUCUUGGCUUCUUGAGUUUAGAAAAGUGGGAAUUAGGUGGAAAGGCAGAAGAUGGUUCUUCUAAUUCCCAAAUGAAAUCAAUUUCAAUAAUGCCACGCCUUUCUUCCUUGCAUAUUGUGGUGUGUGAUAAACUAAAACAACUGCCAGACUUCCUCCUGCAAAAUGCACCACUGCAGAAUCUUCUCAUCAAAAGUUGUCAGAGCCUUCCUGCCAGCCUUCCUGACGAGUUCAUCUCUCGCAUCCCAAACGUCACAAUUGAAUAUUUGGGAGUUGAUCGUAUCAAAGGAAGAGAAAUAGAUACUGAAGACAGAUUCUGAUAAUCACUAUCCCCGACGUACUGACGUUACUUAUAGUCGACCAAGUUAAAGAUUUCAAGCACCCUAUCGCAGGCUGUUCAAACCUGCCUCAAGUUUACAGUGGCUAGAUUGCCCAAGACAUGAUGACACUUAGAAUCAAAUCUUUCAAAAACUUAUGUACAGGUAGCUUUAAGCAUGACCGACUCAUAAUCACAAUGAACCUUGAAGUUGUCCAACUGAUCGAUGGGGUUCUGCAAAUGGAGCAAAGGUAGCAGAGAAACUAAGGAGGAUUGCUGAGCUGUGAUACACCACUCGGGAAACCUGGCUUGCAUUGAGGCAUCCAUUUGACUGAUUGAUGUGCUUUUCAUGAUUCUGUCUAAAUUAUAGGUCCAUCUAUAAUAUCACAGGUUCCUUCUGUUAUGGUCAGGACUGUCCCUUGAAUGAGGAUAUGAACACAACGGCACCUCCAUAUCAAGAGGUUAAAAGUAUCACAGCAAUUGAGCAUUAUCAAGGGUCUUGGUUUUUAAGGCAGUGACAGAAGCCAAGAGCAUACUCCACAUUGAAGAUCUUACUAGUUGCUUAUGAUACUUUUAUUGCCUCUUCCAAUAGUUCGGGCUCAGCAUUCAACUCCUGCUCAAGGGCAUUUGAAUUCACACUUCUGGUUUCUUUCUUCACUUACAAAAAAUAGUGUAGAUUCUAAAGUUUGCAGUUGCUGGAGUUCUCAAGACAUGAUGACACUCUGGUAUUCCUUCUAGAAAAAAAAUCACCAAAAAGCAGAAGAACAGCAUGACAUGGGCUUUGUCAGCAGUGGAACACUAAGGUGAGACCUCAAAGUAGCAGUGGAGCAGCAUAACAUGAUACUUGGGUAGUCCUUAUCGGAUGCAAAACUUUGAAAUGUAGAAGCAUGGAGACUCCAAAACCGCAUCGGAGUUGUCAAGCUGGUGAUUAAUCAUUAAUGAGAUGAGGUGGGAUGUUAAGCAGAUAUAAACACUUCUCUUGACUUCUCGUAUGCGUUUGACUCGUUGGUAGUUUCUUACAUACAUUAAGUAAUUUAUCACCAUCAUCUGAAAUGAUCCUAUGCAAUAGUUUUGAGAGUGCUUUUAGUUGAUAGUUACUAAAUUCUAAUAUCACUAGUUUCCUAUCUAACUUCCUUUGCAUCAGAAGAGUGGAUUUGCCCGCAAGGUCUGAAUUGAAUUUAUCUUCAAGUUUCCAUCAACUCACCUGAAGGCAACAUAAGGUUGUUUCACACACACACUCUUUAGUUCCUCUCCUCCAUGCAUAAAAAUGCCUUGGAGAAAUGCUUCUUUGACCAUCUAUGCACACCACGUGUGUUUUCUUUAAGGGGGAAAUUCUUCCUUUUUCUUUUGCUCUAGUUGUCAGAACAUGCUUCAACUAUAGGUUAAGGAAUGAAAUCCAUAUUGACUAACACAUUUGAUGCAGGAGUAUUUUCGAAGCUUUCCUUUGCAGAUAUUGGCGUGACUUGGCUCUUAACUAGACGUGUAGCGGAAGCUUUUUGUUCCAUGAAAAAGAUGGAAGUGCAGAAUGACCCAUAUCUCAUUCGGUCUACUGUUAAGUUUCCAAAUGUUCCCUGAGAAAUUUGGCCCUGCCUUGACAGAGAAUCAAAUUUAGCAUAACUGGAGAAGCAGCAUAUAUAUCAUAGUGGUAACAAAUUUGCUUUAAAUUGAACAACAUGGAGUUUCACUUUUCCCCCCUCUUUAGUAAGGACCUGUCUGAAGCAGUGGUGCAGUAGCAAGUAGCAAGGAAAACAGUUUAUGAUUGUCAUCCAUUUGAACAGUGGAUGAGGCUUACCUAAAGUAGUUUAUAGCAUGGAAGAGAGGGCAAAGUGGAUGUGACCCAAACUGAUCUCAUUCAAAUUCACCAAAAGGACAAACGAGGUAGGGGAUGUUCAAUGAGACUUGCUGCUCAAAACAGCUUGGACAUGGUGGAAACUGACUUGGAAAUUCUGUUGGAGUCCAGUGGAAUCAAAUUCUAGAAAAAAGGAAUCACAAAAAAGCGGAAGAACAGCAUGACACGGACUUCGUCAGCAGUGGAAGCUGAAGUCCAAAAGGCAGAAAGGGGUCAGACCUCAAAGUAGCAGUGGAGUAGCAUAACAUGACACUCAGGUAGUCUUUAUCGCAUGCAAAACUCUGUAAAUUACCUUCAAUUGCGGACCAUGGAAUUCAUAAUCAACCAAAGGACAAAUGAUGUUCAAUGAGGGUUGCAGCUCAAAAUAGCUUGGACAUGGUGAAAUCCUGAUUGAAGUGGAAUCCUGUUGAAUCUAGUGGAACUAAAUUCAGGAGAAGAUUCACAACUGAGAGGAACAGCAUGUCACGGGCUUAGUCAAGCUAAAGUCCCAAAGGCUGCAAGGUUUUAAUUUCUUCUUUCUCAAGGAGAGGGGACUUGUUCUACUAGUACUAGGAUUGUGAAAAUCUAUAUUUAGGAAGAGAUGCUUCCCUAAGAGAUUUUACUUUGAGAGGAAUGCUUGUGAGGUUUUUCUUGGGUGUAACUGGGGCUCUCUAUUGAGAGGGGUUGAGAGGAGUGAGAUUACCUAGAGUGGUUUAUGAUUGUAACCUUCUUUAUUAGUUGAUUCAUCAUCAUCAUGGUGGCCCGAGGAUGUAGGCAAUUUGGCCGAACCUCGUUAAAUUA